GGAAGCUUAGUAAACCAGCGCCAGUUGCCUAGCAACCUGAGACGCUGGCCCUGUUUGCUGGCUGCUUGGGCCGCCCACGGGAAGCUCCCAGAAGGAAGUUCUGGUGGAAUCACCCUGGUUUAUACUCCUUCCAGCCCUUCUAUUCCGGAUUGGGGCUUUACAGAGCUAACAUUGUUAGGUCGCAUCAACUUGGCUUGUUCCGUGUCCCCUUGAGUCCUGGAUGAGGUGGAAGGUGGAUUCCUUUUUGGCACACCCCAGAGCAGCACAUUGCAUGAGAAACACAGACAUUUGAAUGGACUUAGAGGUCAAAGGAGUGGCUGCGUCUAGGAACCAACCUCGCCUGUUUUCUCAACGAAAGAAUUCACUACAACAAGGAUGGACUUCCAGAUCAUGGGCAAUCCAGAAUCCCUGCCUACCUGUGGUCCCGCCACUUGAUUUGGGAAGCCUUGUUGACUCUGAUGAGGAGGAUAAUUUUUCACAAGCACCGUGUGGUACAAUGCAUGCUCAUCUCAAGCUGCCACAGUCACCUUCGACUCUGGCUUGGAUUACGCCAUGUCAAAGACCAAAUACACAGUAUCAUCUGAACGAAGUGGAACAGGACAUCAUCCCAGAGGAUUUGCCAGCACCCACAGGCAAGUACAGGCAGAAAUAUGAGCAAUAUGCGGCUGAAAUGAAGGAGGGUUACAAACAGCACAUUCGGAGAACCGCAGACAAGGCGAAAGCUACCAGCGGGCCAGACCCGGCAGGAAACAAGAUGAAUGAGAAGUGUGAUCAGGGGGAAGAAGCCCGCGCGGAUGACCUUCUGACUUUGGAUAGGAAAGCCCUCCUGCAGCAAGGUUAUGCGGCUAGCCCUCGCCACAUAAGGAGCAGCACAAGGAAAUCCGAUGCUGAAACCGUGGCAGUAGAGAAGAAGAAGCAAAUGGUUACAGAGCAAAUGAUGAUAGACCACUUAUCCAGGGCUGUCAUCAGUGAUCCAGAACAAGGUUUAAACACUGAGGAACAAGAGAGUUCUCAUGUCCCUCCAGACUCAGAGAGGACGCCACCUCGAGUUAGGAAACGAACUCUGCAUGAAACGAAGAUAAGAACCACCUCCACAUUAACAGAGAAUGACCUUUCUCAGAAGGUAGAAUUUGAUGGGAGGGUCUUAUCAAGAAAUGGACGCGAUGCCUGCAGAGAACUGAUCGGGUUUUUCUUUACCCACGACCAGUCUCUAACUGUGUAUGAAUAUCGAAAGUUCGGGAAAAACAGAACAAACGUGCUUCCUUUCAUUAAAAAAGACAUUUAUAGUCAUCAGUGUGGACGCAGAAAAGGGAAGCAGUACCGGCUCGGCGACUUCUAUACUGGUGCAACUUUGACAUUUUUGAGCUGUGAUCAUCCUAGCCUUCCAAAGAGCAUAAAAGAAAAUACAUUAUUUAGACUCCGAAUUACAAAUAUUGAUCAGAUAACUUUGAGUUCUCUGAAAGCCGCCUCUGUGGAACACGUGGAAGACACGGCCAGUCAGGAGGCGCAGGAUCGGCAGGUGCUGCGGGCCAUUCAGGAUAAACUAAAACAACAGCUACACAAGAAAGGUGUUCGGAUUUUGACUGGAUUGGGAAAACAUUUCCAACACUUGGACAAGGAAGGCAGUGGGCUUUUAGAAAAGGCGGAGUUUCAGCAAGCUCUGAAAACCUUCCACUUAGAAGUGUCUGAACAGGAUUUUGAGUCUUCCUGGCUGAUUCUGCAAGGCAGUAGCCCCAGCAAGAACAAGGUUGAUUACGGAGAAUUCAAACGUGCCAUUUUUGGUGAAAUGAAUGAAUAUAGGAAAUCAUUUGUUCGCAAGGCCUUCAUGAAACUGGAUUUCAACAAAACUGGUAUUGUGUCUGUGAUAGACAUAAGGAAGUGUUACUGUGCCAGGAAGCAUCCCCAUGUGAUUUCAGGGCAUUUAACAGAGGAAGAAAUCAAAUCAUCUUUUCUAGAGACAUUAAGAGAUGCCUGCAGCAAGUCUGAUGAAGUUUCAUAUGGUGAAUUUGAAGAUUACUAUGAAGGCCUAAGUAUAGGAAUAACAGAUGAUGAAGAUUUUGUUAGCAUCUUACGUACUCCAUGGGGAAUUUAGUUUUUAACAGUGCACAAUCUUAUCAGCACCGAAAGAGUGAAUUUUAUGUAAAAUGUGAUCACCUUGUAGUAUAUUUUUCUAAGAUUCUUUUUAUUUUUUUUUUUCCAAAAACGUUGAGUCUGGGAAGCCCUACUUAGAAAUAGAUGCAGACAUGCAUUUGUGAGCACAAGUACAUGUCUGCAUGUCCAAAUGUUUAUAAAGACAGGCUCUUUGUGUUACUCCUUAUGCCUAUGUGAGGACUUGUAUAUAGUAAUCAAGUUUCCCAUCCUUUCUCAAUUUUCUUAUAACCUUUUCCUAGAAUAUAGUUGCCAGCAUUCUUUCUUUAAUGACUUGGGAUUCAGAUCAAGGCUGAAAUAGUGCAGCUUCUUUGAAACAUACAAAAAUAUUAACAUAUAUACAAAACAGUGUGAUAAUUAGGAUGAUUAGAGGUGUUUUCUGUGCAUUAUAUUUUGAGCUGUUAGUGUUUACCUUUCAGUGUUCAUUUAAAGAGAUUUGCCAGGUCUAUUUUUGUCUCCAUAAUUACAUACUACUCUUUUUUCAAGUGGUAAAAACCAUGCCAUAUUUUUUAUUUUGACUGUCAUAUUAUCUGUAUACAAAUGUUACUUAUAUAUAAACAACAAAAUGUAGAAAAUAUUGGAAUGUAGAAAUAUUUCCUUAGACGAUCAAAUGAAGAAUUCAAGGACAAUUCAACAUUUUUUAGACAAAAUUUAAAAGCAUAUUUUGUGUCACCUCUUUUUGGUACAAUAAACAUUCAGAACAUUUUCUUCUAAAUAUGGUGUUUUAUGUCUUCCUGUUCUACAUACACUCUUUGUAAAUUGCAUUCUUCGCUUUUCCCUGGAUGGAAUGUUUUCAAUGUUGGGAUUAUGGAUCUGUCACUUUUAAAUUGUUGUUAGUUUCUUAUCUAGAUCAUCAAUGAUAAUUAACACUUUAGGGAAAAGAACAUGGAAUAAAGAUGUCAGUUAAGAAAUUUACUGAGAACUUUUUUUCUA